AGAAGAUCGCUUCGCACUCCACGUCGGUAGGUGGCGGAAACGCACCACGAGCUGGUUCGGCGGCCGCCGUCAUAGAAGACGAAGAAGUUCCGCUCACAUGUGGCGAGUUUACGGUUCGUUUUUGGGACUGACUCGUGUUGUAAUUUAGAGCAAAAUCUGUAGGACGAACUGAAAAAGUCGUGGUAUUAGUUUUACGUACGGUCAUAAUGGAGUCGUCUCAAUCUCCCGACACAAAAGAAAUAAAGAGAGCGAAAAGGCCGCCGAGUGAAGAUCCGGACCCGCCGAGCAAGGCGAAGGAGCGCAGUAAACAGAAGAAGCACUCGAGGCUGUGCGCGACGCUCGGCGAGGAGGACGCGUCCGUCCGGCUGCUGGAGGAGCUGGUGUUCGGCGCGGAGGAGCAGCUCACCGAGCGCCUGGAGCAGGACAGCAGCGUGUUACUGGAGGAUGACGACGACGGCAGCGUUUGCUCCGAGGACGGCGACUCGGAGAGUCGGAGACCCGCCGUCAGGAGCGCCGCGUGGGAGGACGAGGACGACGAGCUGGACGAAGAGAUUGACAUGACACAUCGGUUUCGCAGAGACUUUAAAAAGAGUGAAACAGAAAAUAAAAUGACAAAACAGAGGCUACAGCAACGCUUAAAGGAGCAGUUUCAGAAAGCCAUGGGCGGCACACCCAGCUGGGCAGAAGCGACAACGAAGAAACGGCAGAAGAAAGCAGGACAUGAGGCUGAAGAUGAGGAUGAAAGUGAAGAGUUGUUGCGAAGGACCGGUAACUUCGUCGGCUCAUCUGAGAGCCUGCCCAAGGGCAUUAUUAAGAUAAAGAAGUGUUUGAACGCGAACAACGAAUGUCCAGGCAGUGAUCAGCUGACCUCGGUGCAGUUUCACCCGUCUGCUCAGAUCGUGAUGACCGCGGGCCUGGAUCACUCCAUAUCGCUCUUUCAGGUUGAUGGCAAGAGCAACCCAAAGAUCCAGACCAUCCAUCUGGAGAAUUAUCCAGUGAACAAGGCUUCGUUUAGCGCUGAUGGAGAACACAUAGUGGCGACUGGAAUGAGGAACAAACUCUUCUACAUCUAUGAUAUGAUGGAAGGCAAAGUUCUCCCCGUGUCUAGUGUCCGAGGGCUGAAUGAGCAGAAGGUGUCAGACUUUCAGGUUUCUCCAGAUGGAAAGUAUCUUCUCCUGUCUGGUUACGCAGGAUAUCUCCAUCUCAUGACCACAAAGACUAGAGAAGUGAUCCGCAGCAUGAAGAUGAAUGGCAGCGUGUGCGCCGCAGCUUUCACCGCAGACAGCAGCAAGAUCUUUGCCAACUCACAGGAAGGUGAGGUGUUUAUCUGGGAUGUGCAGAGCAGUAAAUGUCUGAAGAAGUUUGCCGAUGACGGCUGCGUGCAAGGAACGUCUCUGGCGCUGUCCAGAGAUGGCCAGUAUCUGGCCUGUGGAUCUCAGAGUGGCGUGGUGAACAUCUACUCUCAGAAUGACUGCCUGCACAAGCUCGAGCCCAGACCUCUGAAGGCCGUCAUGAACCUGGUGACGGCGGCGACGUCUCUGUGCUUCAACAACACCUCAGAGAUUCUGGCCAUUGGAUCGAAAGCGGAUGAUGAGGCCAGUCGACUGGUCCAUCUUCCAAGUUUCACAGUGUUCUCCAAUUUUCCACAAUUCCAAAAGAAAACUAUAUUUCGAACCCGUUGUCUGGAUUUCUCCCCACGGAGUGGAUUCUACUCGGUGGCCAAUAAUAAAGGCAACGCUCUGCUCUUCAGGCUUCUACAUUAUAGUGACUUCUAGAGAUGAAGCACCGCAUUCCACACAACAAACAGCUUAUGGGCUCUCAGACCGAACACAUGUAGUACCUCUGAUUUCAGUUCAAUAAACCUUUUGCCACGUGACUGUGGGAACCAUUA